AUGGAAAGCCUCGCUGCGUUUGGGCUAGCAGCGAACAUUUUGCAAUUCAUUGAAUUUGCCACAAAAGUCGUCGGAAAGGCCAAGGCUGUCAGGACUGGUCGAAUCGAACCCGCAGAUCUCGAAGUGUCCAAAGUAGCAGAACGCCUUGGGGAGUUGGCGAGCGCAAUCCGAGCCAAUGCAGAGAGUACGGCGACGGCCCCGGAGCGGUGCCCGGAGCAUUACCCAGCGGAGUGCCCGGCGCGGUGUCUGGAGCAGUGGAAAACGAAUCGAGCCAUCCAACAUGUGUGUCAGGGCUGUAUCGAGGCGGCCGACGAGCUUUCUAGCCGCCUUUGGCUUAUACCAACGACGGGCGGUCGCAGUUUCUCACGCGCCAAAAGCUACCGAAUAGCGUUGAAAUCCGUAUGGGGCAAGGCCAAUGUCGAUACGUUGUUUCAGCGACUUGAGAGAUUCAGAGGCGAAAUCAACACACUGUUGAUAGUAUCCAUCCAGACUCAGCUUCAGGAUUCGCAAACUUCGCAGACUUCUGCCUUUCAACAGCUGCUUGACUUGAGCACUUUAUCGAUCGAGGAGCAUGCGGCUACUCAACGGCAAAUCGGUUGGGUAGGCCAGUCUCACAGAGACUACAUCGCCAAAGAACAUACAGAAACCCGGCACCAAAUCCUUUCGGCAAUCUCGAAUCUUGCGUUGAAAGGAUUGGAGAUGGACUAUCCAGACGGACUUAAGAUAUCCUAUCACGUGGCACAAGAGGAAGCGAAGAAGUUUGCCCGAAAGAUGGUGGCGGAUAGCUUAGCAUUCCCCGCCAUGGAUCAUCGAUAUGACGCCGUUCCAGAAGCCGUCCGUGGUACUUUUCAGUGGAUUCUUUCUCCAAACGACCAGGAUUUCGCCAGCUGGACAAACUUUACCCGUUGGCUGCAGGACUCUGGUCGAUCUGGCGUGGAUCGGAUCUACUGGAUCAACGGCAAAGCCGGGUCGGGGAAGUCGACGUUAAUGAAGUUCCUCGUUACCCACCGGGACACCUACUUGUACCUCAAGAAAUGGUCUGGCUCUGACCAGCUUAUCACCUCACGACAUUUCUUCUGGAGAAAAGGCGUCGAGUAUGAGAGGAGCAUCCCUGGGCUCUUAAGGGCCAUGCUGGCACGUGUCUUUGAGAAGUGCCCUGACUUGGUGAGCGUUGUCCUCAAGGAUCGCAUCACAGAAGCAGAAGAAGCCAUUCGUGACCAUUGGUAUAUUACACAAAAUGCCUCUGCCUCAGCCGCCUUGACCUUUCUUCCAAACUUACGCGAGCGGAUUCAGACUUGGUCUGCCGGGGAUCUUAUGGAAACCCUUCGCCAACUCACAAGCACGGCAGCUCCAAACACCAAAUUCUUCUUCUUCAUUGACGGGCUGGACGAGUUUGAAGGCGACUACUCUGAAGCUUUGGAUUUUUUCCAGCAGUUAUCCGAGUCCCCGAGCGUCAAGCUCUGCAUUUCUAGCCGACCACUACCAAUUUUUGAAGCUGAGCUGGGUAAUGGGCCAAUGCUAAAGCUUCAGGAUCUCACAAGAAACGACAUCAUUAGGGUGGUGAAUCAGAAACUUCUCGGCCACCCGGCCAUAAAGAGGCUCAGUAUGGCACAUCACGAUAGAACCGUCAACCUCGCAAAAACGGUAAUAAAGAAGGCAUCCGGGGCGUUCCUUUGGGUUACACUCGUUACCAAGUCACUGAUCAUCGGUCUUAUCAACCAUGACACGAUUCACGACUUGGAGCGUCGGCUGCAAGAGCUCCCAGUGGACCUGCUGGACCUCUACUGGCAUAUGCUGGGCCGUAUUCAACCGAUUCAUCUACAGAAUGCGGCGCUUUUACUCGAGAUAUCUUGUCGGGUUCCGGAGCCUGUUUCUGCUGUGACAUUGUCCUUGGUUGACGAUGUGGCCCAACGUGGUGGUAGCGUGGCCAUUGAUGCCAACCCCAUGGCAUUAGAGGAGAGAGAUAGGGAGGAGAGAGUCGCCAGGCUCUCGCUCCGUCUACAAACGAUCUGCGCCGGGGUUUUAGAGGUUCAGCCGGAUGGUUCUGUUGGAUUUCUCCACCGGACUGCAGGGGAUUUCUUCGAACUGCCAGAGGUGCAUCAAUACCUUCGCGAAGCGUCGAAAGACGAUGAGUUUUCGGCAGACGUGGUCCUCCUCCGCGCCUCAGUCCUGAACAUUCUCUGGCGCACAGAUUGGACGUGCGGGGAUGACGGCGAUAUUCAUUAUUUCUGGGACACGGUGGAAUGUGCGCUACAAGCGGCCAAGAGAGCCGAUGAACGGGGAGAUGGCCUCGGGCUCAGGCUGAUGGGGUUGUUUGACCAAAUCACAACAAACCGAUGGGCUCAGCUCCGUGAGAAGGACCAGGAUUUGGUGCACUGGAGCAACUUCUUGGGAUCUGCUCGUGGUGGUCUCGGUUUCCGCAAGCUACGACUAGAGACGUUUCUUGAUUGCGCUGUCGUCUUCCAGCUCACGAGCUUCGUUCGUGAGCAUUUCAUCCAGAUGACUCGUACUUAUCAAAUGGGCGGUUUCGGCAAACUUCUGCAAAUUGCAAUACCACCCGUACUCACUACUGCCGAGUUCUAA